CCGAAAUCAUAUCCUGGACUCAAUCCAAAAAAUCCACGUCAGCGACCGCAGUUAAUUUCGUUUCCAUUUUUUUAGUUUACGUGUACGAAGUCUCCCGCGCGCUCUAUAAAUACCCCAAUUGGACUACCCUGAAUUCUCUCCCUUUUUGUCUAUAAUCGUUAGUUUUCUUCCUUUAGCUCCAUUUUAUUGUAUCUAUAGAUUUUUAUUUUUUUUUCAUUUUCAUUUUUUCUAAAUUUUAGUUUGAUUUUUUUGCCAUCUCUGCCAUGUCAACGGCGGGGGAGAUGGAGCAAUUGACAUCGGGAGCGAGCAAUCGGAUAAUCCCGAUCCUAAGAACCCUAAGAAUUCUUCUCAUAUUCAUUCAAUCAGCAAUCUUGUACCUCCUCCUCCUCCUCUUCCCUCGGCGCCGCCACUCUCAGACAGCGGUCUUGGGGGUUGAGGCUACUGCUGCUGCGCCGCAAUCGCCUGCUAAAACCGCGAGGCGGAGGUUGGUAUGGAGGCGAGAAGAGGAGGACACUUUGAGAAGGAGAGCCUUGGCGGAGGGUUUGGACAUGGGGUUUGAAACCGGGGACGGAGAGAUUCGGUGCCGCUGGAGCACGUCUCUGUUCUUUGGGGUUCGAAGAAAUGCCUUGUUUUGCCGGUCCUGGUUUCCGGCUACUGGUGAAUUGAAGGGCAUUUUGAUCAUUAUACAUGGCCUGAACGAGCACAGUGGAAGAUAUGCUCAAUUUGCAAAGCAAUUAACCUCUUGCAACUUUGGUGUAUAUGCGAUGGACUGGAUUGGUCAUGGUGGCAGUGAUGGAUUGCAUGGAUAUGUUCCCUCGCUUGAUCAUGUUGUUGCAGAUACUGGGGCUUUCUUGGAAAAGAUCAAAUCAGAGAACCCUGGUGUACCUUGCUUCCUUUUUGGUCACUCGACCGGUGGAGCUGUGGUUUUAAAGGCAGCUUCAUAUCCUCAUAUUGAAGAAAUGCUGGAGGGAAUUGUGCUGACAUCUCCAGCUUUGCGUGUUAAGCCAGCACAUCCAAUUGUUGGGGCUAUUGCACCUCUUUUUUCUCUGGUUGCUCCCAAGUUCCAGUUUAAAGGUGCUAACAAGAGGGGCAUCCCAGUUUCAAGGGACCCCGCAGCACUGUUGGCCAAGUAUUCUGAUCCCUUGGUAUAUACUGGUCCCAUAAGGGUCCGAACAGGGCAUGAGAUAUUGCGCAUUUCAUCUUACUUGAUGCAAAACUUUAAGACUGUGACCAUCCCAUUCCUUGUUCUCCACGGAACUGCAGACAAAGUGACUGAUCCACUCGCCUCCCAGGAUUUGUACAAUGAGGCAGCUUCUAAGUUCAAGAACAUAAAGCUCUAUGAGGGCUUCUUGCACGACCUUCUCUUUGAGCCGGAGCGUGAAGAGAUAGGGCAGGAUAUAAUUGACUGGAUGGAGAAGAGAUUAGGUGCCGGAGCUGAAAAGAUUGGUUGUCUCUGGUAAAUGAUCUAGCAGGAUAGAUUUAAGUGUUGUCUUUUACACAAAGUUAGACAAAAGAAUGUAGAUGUUUUUAGAAAGUUCAGUUCAACCACCUGCGUUUGGGGCUCUGGUACCCGGUUUGUAAUCAUAUUGUAAUUAUAUAACUGUUAUUUGUAGUGGUUUGUUUGGAAAAUAUCUUCAUUUUA